AUGGAUCCCGCCGCAAAGCGGGUCGCCCCAGGCAGCAAAUGGACCAGAGACCCGCAGCUCGGGGACCUCGUCCUCGCCAAGGUCAAGGGCUACCCUUACUGGCCAGCCAAGGUGUGCAGGCCGGAGGAUUGGAAGCUGCAGCCUUCUCCGCGCAAGUUCUUCGUAGUCUUCUUCGGCGCCAAAGAUAUUGCUCAUGUAGCCUUGCAAUAUCUCUUGCCAUUUACAGAAGAGGUGAAGAGUGACUUGGUAAAUCAAGCUCGAGAGAAACGAUUCCCGGUAAGACAUGCGAAGGGUCUUGAAGAAGCCUUGGUGGAGAUACUCGAGGCCUAUGAUGAACUGGCAAAAUCAUCUGAAAUUGCCAAUGGUUUGUUGCCAGAUCAAAGUCUUGAUCCCGUUGGAAAACCUACAGAGCCCCUUGUAAAAACACGUGAUGGUGGUGGGACUCCUAAACUGGAACAACUGCCAAAGUCAUCUGAAUCUGCCAAUGGUUUGUUGCCUGAUCCAACUCUUGGUCUGAUUGAAAAACCUACAGAGUCCCUUGUAAAGACACGUGACGAUGGUGGCACUCCGAAACUGGCGCAACUUCCAAAAUCAUCUGAAACCGCCAAUGUUUUGUUUCCUGAUCAAAUUCCUGAUCCGAUUGAAAAACAUACAGAGCCCCUUGUAAAGCGACCUGCUGAUGGUGGGACUCUAAAACUGGAACAAACUGAUGAUUUCCAGAAGAGGUACUCGAGCCUCAAUAGAAGAAAAAAGAGAGUUCCGUUUGCUGCCAUUGAAGAGAGGAACUUGGAGGAUCCCUAUGGCAUACCAAAAUGCAUUGCUGCGCUUGAAGGAUUGCCGGAGUUGCAAAUGGAAGAUAUACUAAAAGCAGCUGACCUCUUCAUGGAUAACAAGGGCAACAGAGAAGUCUUCCUCUCUUUUUCCAGUAGCGCAUUGCGGCUUGGCUGGUUAAGAAGAAAAAUUCACAACACCAGUGAAAUGGCUGGUUAA